AUGUUUACGCUUAACCGACAAUUAACAGAAAUCGUUGUACACUGUGUAUUUCUGGUGAAGCUUUGUUAUAAUAUGGAAGGAGGUACCUCAGAAUCAAGUCCUUCAUCUUCAAAAACCUUGGAUUCUGAAGUAAAUAAAGACGAAUACCAUUUUUUGUCCAUCAAAGAUGAACCGACUUCAUCAAAACCUGAAAUGAAGCAAAUUCAUAAAAACACUUGUGAUAAGUUGAGCAAAUUAAAAGGGUAUUUGAAGAAUGAGAGCACCUAUAUGGCCGAUUUGGUAAAUUUAUAUAACAAAGGCUGUUUUCAAGUAAUAGAGGAUAGUUUAUCGAAUGUUACCUUUGAGUUUUUGAAACCUCAGCUGAAAUAUGACGAUAAAUCGGAUGAAAAGUGGAGUAAGGAUAAAACAUUAGGUCUAAGUCUGUACAAAAGAAGCCCCAAGUUGUAUAGGUAUUUAAGUUAUCAUUUUCUAUUGCCUUCGGUUGAUAAUCUAAAAAGCACUCUAACAAAAAUACCUUUUCCAAGUUCGGGGCCUAUUGAAUGCAUUUUUGAUUAUUUACGUUUGGAGAUGUUAAAGUACAAGUUGGAUCCCCAUUGUACCCUUAUCUUCCAACAGAUUGCUCUUAGUCCACAUGUGAAUUAUGAUAAAACUCUGGAUCAGAUAUUGGGGUUUGAAUAUUUGGUGUCCAAAAAUGAACACGGACCCACACCAGCUGACAGUGUGUUUGUCUUUAUGCUUAGAGGUGUUGCAUUUAAUUAUAAAAUACCUGUUGCUUAUUAUUUUACUGGUGAUUCAUUUUCUGCUUCUGAUUUGAAAGAUAUAAUUGUGAUUCUUGUGAAGAAGUUGCAUGAGGUAGGCUUUAAGGUGGUUGCAACUGUAUGUGAUCAUAGUUCCACAAAUAAAGAAGCUGUUUCUAUAUUGACCAAAUCACAUGACAACAACCAUUUUGUUGUCAAUGGAGAGCGGGUGUACACCAUUUUUGAUGCGCCUAGCUUGCUCAAAAGCACACUUGAAUCCCUAAUGAGUGGCAAUAUAGAAUAUGAAAGUGGGAAGUUUGCCAAAAUUGAAGAUAUUCGCAACGCGUUUAACUGUGAUCAAAAAGUGGAUGUCCACAAAACCCUGCCUAAAAUAACAGAAGCCCACUUCACAUUCGACGACGAAUUUCAAACUGCCGCUCAUUUAUUGAGCCACUCUGUCGCGUCAGCCAUACAAACCUUCCAUAAAAACGGAAAUAUGCCCGCCACAGCUUUACAUACAUCAGAAUUCGUUGCAAUGGUGGAUGAGCUAUUCGACUCUCUCAACAGCAACUUAAAAAAACACGAUUCAAAAAAAUUGCGGUGCCCUUUAACCGGUGAAUCCCCGCAUGAAACUUUUUGGGCGUCGGUGUUGCCCAAACUGUCCAACUGGACUAAAAACUCCUCUGAAGGUUGGCAGGUGACCAUCAAGGCCGUGCAGUCCCUCUGGCGCGAUUUGCAAGCCAGGGGACUGACGGUUUUGUCUUUGAGGAACCUCAAUCAAGAGGCCUUGGAUAAUAUGUUUGCGCAGAUCUCUCAGACAAUAUCAACGUGGCCAAUCGAGGAUGAUCCAACAUGUUGUGAUUUUAUGGAAGCCCUGAAGGUUGAGGCCUUGAAUAACUUCACCACCGCUCAUUCUGAAGAUGGUUAUUUGGGCGAUUUCGCGAAAUAUUUGAAUAAUUUAAUAUCUGCCAAGAAAACUGAUGAUGAUGAAUCACACAAUGAUGAGGAAGAGAUAAUGGAGUUUUUGGAAGAAUUAGAUUUAGAAAUGAUUAAAAACAAACAAAACUGA